UAUUCCUGAAAUUGAUAACAGCAAAAAAAAAAAAAGUUAACGCCCUCUCACAAUUUUAGUCAAAAUUAGGACAACAUCUCAUUACCCUCAAAUUUCUCAGAUUGCUAUCGCGAUAUUUCCUUCAGAUCGUUCGAAUUUUGAGCGGAGGAUCUAUUUGAGGGGCACAAUUUAGUAAUUGUAGAUCGGGGAUUCGUGAAAAUUACACCGGAAGGAGCUCACAGACGCAUGUCAAAGUUGAUAGGGCUCUGCUCCAUUGGAGAUCAGGAUCGAUGAUGGUGAAAUUAAAGGGAAAAUCGGUGAUAGCAGGAUUGUGUUGCGUUUCCGAUGCAUCCGGGUGUGAGCUCAGGAAAUAAAAAUGGUGAAGUUGACUAUGAUUGCUCGUGUUACUGAUGGCCUUCCAUUGGCAGAGGGAUUGGAUGAUGGGCGUGAUGUGUCCGAUGCAGACUUUUAUAAACAACAAGUGAAGUCUUUGUUCAAAAAUCUAUCAAGGGGUCAUAAUGAGGCGUCAAGGAUGUCUGUCGAAACAGGGCCUUAUAUAUUUCAUUAUAUUAUUGAAGGGCGUGUAUGCUACUUGACAAUGUGCGACCGUGCUUAUCCUAAGAAGCUUGCCUUUCAAUAUCUCGAAGAUCUCAAGAAUGAAUUUGAGCGUACAUAUGGGAAUCAGAUCGAAACUGCUGCAAGGCCUUAUGCUUUUAUCAAAUUCGACACAUUUAUACAGAAGACAAAAAAAUUGUACCAGGACACAAGAACUCAACGGAAUAUUUCAAAGUUGAAUGAUGAACUCUAUGAAGUUCACCAGAUAAUGACUCGCAAUGUACAAGAAGUUCUUGGUGUUGGUGAAAAGUUGGACCAGGUCAGCCAGAUGUCCAGUCGCUUAACAUCAGAAUCCCGCAUUUAUGCAGAGAAGGCAAAAGAUUUGAACCGUCAGGCUCUGAUUCGGAAAUGGGCCCCCGUUGCUGUUGUUCUUGGAGUUGUGUUUCUCGUCUUCUAUAUCAAGAGCAAGCUUUAUUGAUCAUUCCCCCAUUUGCUGUUUGAUGAGCUGCUCCGAUCUUGCUAACGUGGUAUUGCAGCUUCUUGGCUCAUUCUAUCAUUUUAUCUUUAGAAACCACUAGAAAAGGGAUCUGCUUCCAAUUUUUUGGCGGAUUUUGGAAACUAAGCAUGUCGGAAAAUAUAGAGAUUUCGUACUAUGAGACGAAUUGAUUUCAAGAUGUCUGAGAAACAUAUAGCUUAUGCUUGUUAUCUUCCUCUGUGUUUACCGUUUUAUAGAAAAAACAUGAGUAUUCUAGUUUUA